UUAAGCAGGUUCCACCUUCAGCUCAGUGCGGAGCCCAAUCCGGGGGUCAUCAGCUCUCUUCCAUAACCGUGGGAUCAUGACCUGAGCUGAAAUCAAGAGUCGGACACUCAACUGACUGAGCCAGGCACCCCUUUAAUAAUUUUUUAGAUGUCAGUUUUUAAUACAUGUAUAGAUUAACGUUUUAUUUAUUUUUGAGAGAGAGGAAGAGUGUGAGCAGGGUAUGAGCAGAGAGAGGGAGACAAAGAAUUCAAAGCAGGCUCCAAGCUCUAAGUUGCCAGCACAGAGCCUGACGGGAACCCAUGAACUGUGACAUCAUGACCUGAACCCAAGUUGGACGUUUAACUGACUUAGCCACCUAGGCGCCCCACUUUAUAAUAUAGUUAAAUGAAAUCUUCAAAGCAAUAUAAUUUAGCUUUUAAUUAGGGCUAUUGUCUUUAUAUAUUUUUUAAGUUUAUUUAUGUAUUACGAGAGAGAGCGAGCAGGGGAGGGGCAGAGAGAGGGAGAGAGAGAUAAUCCCAAGCAGUUUCUGCACUGUCAGCACUGAGCCCGACCCAGGGUUUGUACUCCUGAAUUGUGAGAUCACAACCUGAGCCAAAAUCAAGAGUUGGAUGCUUAACCGACUGAGCCACCCACACACCCCUGUAUUUUUAAAGUAUUGCAUUUAAAAAUUUGAAGACUAAGACUCUUUAUUAAAAAAGACUUUAAUGAUUUUUAAUAGCUUUAUUGACAUAAUUUACAUACUUAUAAAAUUCACAUAUUUUAAGUGCACAAUUCAUUGAUUUUUCGUAAAUUUGCAGAAUUGUGCAGUCAUCACAAUUCAAUUUUAGGACAUUUCCAUCACCCUUAAAAGUUCCCUGCCUUGGCCUUGGGGCAUCUGGGUGGCUCAGUUGGUUAAGUGUGGGACUCUUCAUUUCAGCUCAGGUCAUGAUCUCACAGUUCAUGAGUUCGAGCCCCACAUUGGGCUCUCUUUAGUGGAGCCCCCUUCUUCGGAUCCUCUGUCUGUCUCUCUUUCUCUCAAAUGAAUGUUAAAAAACAAAAGUUCUCCUUCCCUAAGGACUAUUGGUCAUCUGUAAGAUGGCACAAGUUACGGUAUUUAACACUACCAGCUUGGGAAUUAGGCUGGCCAGGCUUAAAUCAUAGUCCUGCCACUUGCUAGCUUUGUGUCUUUGGGUACUUCUCUGUACUUUGGUUUCUUUACUUUAUCAUUAAAAUGAAGGUAAUACAUGCAUUACAGCAUUGCUGUGAAUAAUUAAUUAGAUACUGUAUAUAGAGCACUGAAAGUGUUGGCACCUACUUGGUACUUAACAGAUAUUGGUUACUGGUGGUAGUUCAUAUUGUGUUUUAGAUUUAUGGUGCACACUUAAACGAGAAAAGCAUCUGAAAACACCUAGCAUAAUACCUGACACAUGGUUUAUUUUCAGAAAACCAAGCUCUUUUUCUGUACCAUAUCAUAAUCUUGUCUGUAGUACUUAUGAGCACUAUUCCUUGUGUAAAAAUGUUAAUAUUCUUGAGGAAGUUAUGAUAUUUUAAAAUUUAGGCCUUCUUCAAGGUGAACUGAUUGCUAUUUAUCAUGUUGUUAUGUAUAACCAAUUAGUAACAGUAAAGAUUACGACUUGCCAUUUACAGAGGGGAAUAGGCCUUGUUUUAACUGAUAGGAAGGUUAACCAUUGCUUUCAUCAUUGAGUAACAGUCACUUGUUUGGAUUUUUGUUAGAAAUAAAGAGGGUUCAUCAUCCAUGCUUUUCAGAUUAGAAAGGUUUCAGUAGAAUUACUCCUGUUGAGCUAGGUUUGGGCUGACUGACCCCUAACACACAAUGAGUUGUCUGGAGGCCUUGAGCACAUGUGCUUUGAUGAAUAGAAUUAUUUAGGACUUUUUUUUUUUCCUGACAGAACCUUGCUCUGAAAAAGCUUAAAGAAUCUGGAUAUUGGUGUUUAGUAUUUUAGUCAUUUUCUUUUUCUUUCUUUCUUUCAAGAGACCCAGCACGAGUGGGGUGGGGGGGGGGGGGGGGGACAGAGAGGGGAGACACAGAAUCCAAAUCAGGCUCUAGGCUCUGAGCUGACAGCAGAGAGCCCGAUGAGGGGCUCAAACUUGUGAACCACAAGAUCAUGACCUGAGCCGAAGUUGGACACUUAACCGACUGAGACACCCAGGUGCCCCUAUUUCUUUUUGUUUUUUAACGUUUAUUAUUUAUUUUUGAGAGAGAAACAAUGCGAGCACUGGAGGGGUAAAGAGAGAAGACACAGAGCCCAAUGCAGGGCUUGAACUCAUGAACUGUGAGAUCAUGACCUGAGCUAAAGUUGGAUGCUUAAUCAACUGAGCCACCCAGGCGCCACUGUCAGUUUAUUUCAUAGGUUUACUCCAUACUGAGAGAAGGUUUACUACAUUCACUAAGCCAUGUGUCCUGUAUAAUUUAGAUAUGUUUUGUGGUUGAGGAUGUUGUAAACAUCUGUUUAUGGGAAAACUUGGGGAAUGUUUAGAAAGAUGACUUUGGAGAAAGAUGUUUAAGGAAUGAGGAAGUGGAAAUUGUUCUUAGAUCUAAUAACUACAGUUAAUAACAUUUUGACGUUCAAAAAAAAAAUCUUUGCUUUAUGAUUUUAUAGUUCCUAAAAUAGAAUCAUCAAAGAUUGAGUUACUAUUCAUAAUCAUCAAAUUUCCCAAGCAAAAUCAAACUUUUAAAAUACUGUUUUCCCUCGGUCUUUCAUACCUAUCUUUCUGAUCAAAAGAAAGUUGUUGUUUUUUUUGUUUUUUUUUGUUUUUUGUUUUAAGUUUAUUUAAGAGAGAGAGAGAGCACGUGCGUGCUGAAGGGACAGAGAGAGAGAGAGAAACACAAUCAGGCUGUGCACCAUCAGCAUGGAGCCCAGUGUGGGGCUCAACCUCAUGAAUCAUGAGAUGACCUAGGCCGAAAUCAAGAGUCAAACACUUAACCAACUGAGCUACCCAGGCACCCCUAGAAUGCUUUUAUUUUUAGUGAAGAACUGGGUGCUGAUUCUAUGUGUUUAUUCUAUCAAGUUUGUUAUAGUUGUCUCUAAGAACUAUUUUACUGGAAAAUGCAAGAGUUUAGCAACUAUAUACCUGAUUUUACUAUGUUGAGAUGAAAUGAUACAUAAAAUUAAUAAAAUGUGCUAGUUCUUUGAAACAGGUAAAUUAUAGAGAAGUUAUAAAAAGUUUUUAAUGCAUUUUGAAAAAAAAACAACUAAGUUUUGAGAAUUUGGAUGUUCAAAUGUAUAAAGCAGUCCGUUUAAUAAGGAGAAAUGUUUUAGUCUUACAAUAAUUUAUCUUAGAAGUAGCCUAAAUUGUGUUCUAAAUGUACUCUAGCUUCUCUUGUUUUCAUUGUUUCAAAAUUAUUUGCACUUAUAAAAUUCAUGAUUAAUUUUAUAAGCUGCCCAACUGUAUAACUUGCUGUUAAUUUUGUUUGACAUCUUUCCAGACCUUUUUCUUCCAUCUGUUCAUAUCCAUUAAUACCCUGGGAACAUGACCUCAUCCCAGUUUGUUUAGAUUAUCUGUUAUAUGCACUUCUGUCUCUGUCUUUUACCUUUACCUUGAUAGCAUUUACCAUGCCUUGGAGUCAUGUAUUUAGUUUGUGUCUCUGUUGUUUAUAUGGGUAAUGAAAGAAACGAUGGAAGCUCUGUGCAGACUUGCAAAGACUUGCUUGUUCACUAUUUUUUAUCCCUAGUGCUGGGCACAUAGUAAAAACCCAUAAAAGAUUUUUAUGCAAGUAACUGAAUGUUUAAUUUUUACUGGGAAUGGAGAAAGGUUUUUAGGGUAUAAUUUCUAAGAAACACUGGUUUAGUACAGAAAGAGAGAAGAGUUGCAAAUGACAGCAUUUAAAAUACUUUUUAUCCAGUUAAUAAUACAUAUUUGUAUAUUGACCUAUAUGGAUAAAGAAUCCGAAAAGAAAAUAAACCAGGGGUUUGUCUGUGCAGGUGGAUGGAAGUGAGGACUAGAGGGAUGAGAGAUAGGGGUGAGAAGGAGACAUUUUGGUGUAAUCAUUUAAAAAAAUGUUUGGUGCACGUGAACAUCACUUUUAAAGAACUUACAAGAGUUUGUUGAGAUUGUGGUGCAAAUACAGAGGAAAUAUAUGUUCAUAUAAAUUACUAUUUUUAUUUUUUAUAUUCUUAUGUUUUCACUAGUUACUUUAUUUCAGUAUGUCUGAAUCAGUGAUUUCUUCUCUCUUUUCUUUUCUUUUCUUUUUUUUCUUUAUAGACAGAGAGACAGAGAGACAGACACAUCUUGAGCAGGGGGUGGGGUGGGGGCGGAGAGAACCCCAAGCAGGCUCUGCCCUGUCAGCUGUGGGAUCAUGACAGGAGAACUGAAAUGAAAUCAAGAGUCGCUUAACCGACUGAGUCACCCAGGUACCCCAUCUGAGUCAGUGAUUCUUAUUUUCCCCUUCCCUUCCUCCUCAAAUAAAACCUUUGAGAACUGAUAAAAAUUUGAGAAUUGAUAAAAGCCCUGGAUCCUAUUCCUGAAGGAAUGAGCAUGUGUAUAUAAACAAUUUUACAUAUUUCCAAGGUUAAUGGAUGCCUUGAUACAAGCCAAAUAUUGUUAACUGUAGUUUUAGUGUACAAGGAUAUUUUAUUUUAUUUUAUUUCUUUUUUUCAAUUUAUUUCUCUCCCUUUUUUAAAAUGUAUGCAUGUAUGUUUGUUUAUUUUUUGAGAAAGUGAGAGUGUGCAAGCAGGGGAGAGACAGAGAGAGGGGGAGAGAGAGAACCCCAAGCAGGCUCCAUGCUCAGCACAGUGCCUGACACAGGGCUUGAUCCCAUGACCCUGGGAUCAUCAGAAUUAAUAAGAGUCAGAGGCUUAACCCAACCGAGCCACCCAGGUGCCCCCACCCUUUUCUUUUUUUUUUUAAAUCCCAAGUUAGUUAACAUACAGCAUAAUAAUGGUUUCAGGGGUAGAAUUUAGUGAUUCAUCACUUACACAUAACACCCAUUGCUCAUCCCAACUAGUGUCCUCCUUAAUGCACCUUGCCCAUUUAGCCCAUCCCCCCAUCCAGCACCCCUCCAGAAACCCUCAGUUUGUUCUCUGUAUUUAAGAGUCUCUUAUGGUUUGCUUCCCUCUCUGUUUUUAUCUUAUUUUUCUUUCCCUUCCCCUGUGUUCAUCUGUUUGGUUUCUUAAAUUAUACAUAUGAAUGAAAUAAUGAUAUUUGUCUUUCUCUGACUUAUUUCACUUAACAUAAUGCAUUCUAGUUCCAUACACAUUAUUGCAAAUGGCAGGAUUUUAUUCUUUUUAAUCACUGAGUAAUAUUCCGUUGUGUAUAUACACACCACAUCUUCUUUAUCCAUUUGUCAGUUGAUGAACUUUUGGGUUCUUUCCAUAAUUUGGCUAUUGUCAAUAGGGCUGCUAUAAAUAUUGGGAUGCAUGUGCCCCUUCGAAUCAGCGUUUUUGUAUCCUUUGGAUAAAUACCUAGUAGUGCAAUUGCUAGGUCGUAGGGUAGUUCUAUCUUUAAUUUUUGAGGAACCUCCAGAGUGGCUGUGCCACUUUGCAUUCCCACCAGCAGUGCAAAAGUUCCCCUUUCUCUGCAUCCUCGCCAACAUCUGUUGUUGCCUGAGUUGUUAAUGUGAGCCAUUCUGACAGGUGUGAGGUGGUAUCUCAUUGUGGUUUUGAUUUGUAUUUCCCUGAUGAUGAGUGAUGUCGAGCAUCUUUUCAUGUGUCUGUUAGCCAUCAGGAGGUCUUCUUUGGAAAAGUGUCUGUCUGUGCCUUUUGCCCAUUUCUUCACUGGAUUAUUUGUUCUUUGGGUGUUGAGUUUAAGUUCUUCAUAGAGUUUGGAUACUAACCCCUUAUCUGAUAUGUCAUUUGCAAAUAUCUUCUCCCAUUCCGUUGGUUGCCUUUUGGUGUUGCUGUUUCCUUCACUGCGCAGUUGUUUUUUAUCUUUUUAAAAAAAUUUAUUUAUUUUGAGACCAAGAAAAAGCGCAAUUAGAGGAGGGGCAGAGAGAGAGUCUUAAGCAGGCUCCGCACUGUCACUGCAGAGCCUCAUGUGGGGCUUGAACUCAUGAACUAUGAGAUCCAUCACCUAAGCAGAAGGGCAGUGCUUAUUAACCAAUUAUUAUUAUUAUAGUGCUUAUUAUUAAUCCAGGUGCCCCACAGAAGCUUUUUAUCUUGAUAAGGUCCCAAUAGUUCAUUUUUGCUUUUUUCCCUUACCUCCGGAGACAUGUUAGUAUGCAAGGAUAUUUUAAAAAUCAAGGGGUGGUGAUAGGUUUAUUUUCAAGGCAGUCUGAUAGGGGUGCCGGGGACACUAAAACUAGAAACUUGGUUUCUAAUCCUGGCUCUGCCGUUAUCAAGCUGCAUGACGUUGUAACUCUUUUACUUGUCUUGUUUUUGGUCUUCUUCAUGUCGAAUUGGUACAGUGGCAAGUGCACAGGCUUCAGUGUCAAGUACUGAUCCGAGGUGGUUGUGUCUUGAUUUUGCUACACCUAUGUGACCUUGCACAGAGUUCUCUGAAUGUUAAUUUUAUUUCUCUGCAAAAAGAAGGAAAGUGAUUCCAAGUUCUUUGGGUUUUAAAGAUUGAAUGGAAGGAGAUGUUUGAAAAUGUUUAAUAAUACUUGCUACUGAUUGGGACAUAAGAAUGUUACCUCAUCUUGAAAAAUUAGGCAAGAACCAGAUGAUCUCUAAAGUGUCUUUUACCAAUAGAAUUUUGUGAUUGUAUUUGAAACAAUUAUUGUGGGGCGCCUGGGUGUCUCAGUUGGUUGAGUGUCCGACUUUGACUUGGGGUCAUGAUUUCACAGUUCGUGGGUUUGAGCCCUGCAUCAAGCUCUCUGCUGUCAGCACCAGAGCCUGCUUUGGAUCCUCUGUCCCCCUCUCUCUCUCUGCCCCUUCCCCACUGUUUUUCUCUCUCUCAAAAUUAAAUAAACAUUUUUUAAAAAAUCUUGUUACAACUUGUUACAACAGAAUAAUUUGGAAAACUUGUGGCAGCACAGUUCUGAGACCAUGUAGGAGAGCAGUGAGUUUUCAAGUCUGUAAAACUGAUGUUGAUCAUAUUUUCUACCUGUUUUCCAUAUUGCACAGUGUCAGAUGUCGUAAAUCUCAAAAAGUUGCUUGCAAUUUUAAGACUCAUUAAAGAAUAAUAUAGAUUAGAAUUUCUUAAUUUAAGAGUUUUUAAGUCACUUACAAUUUUAUGAACAGAUUUUCGCAUGUCUUGUCAACUCUUGAAAUUAUAGGCAAAAACUUUACGUAGUCUAAAUUAUAGUGGGGAGCUAUUAGCUUUCAUAGUGAACAAGACAGAUUAGAUCUCAGCUCUUGUGGAGUCUAUAUUCUAAUAUUAGAUAGAUAUGGAGUAAGCAAAUAAAAAUAUAAGAAGAAAAAUGUAACAUAGAUAAUGUAAAUGUUUUGUAGAGAAUUUAAGUACAGCGAUGGACUAUAGAAUGAUUUGGAGUUUUAAGUGGCCAGGGAGGAUGUGACAUUUUUGGUGGCAUCUAAGUGAUGAAGAGUGCGAUCCAAUUCAAAGAUUAGAUAGAAUACCUAGUACUAACAUACUAAGGUGAGGAUAAGUGUUAGAAAAUGAAGUUGGAGAAAUAAUUACAGGUCAUAUCAUUUAGGGUUUUGUAAACAAGAAUAAGAAAUCCAGAUUUUAUUCUAAAUAUAAUAGAAAGCUUUUUCAGGAUUUUGGCUGGAGAAUGAUGUGAAAACUCAAAAUAGAGACCUGAUGAUUCCAGCAUUUAGGAGUUUAAGAGAUCAAAAACAGCCAGUGAGUUAGAAAGGAUGAGGGGAAUGUGGUUCAUUGAUGGUUUCAAGAAGCAGGGAGUUAGUAGUUGUCUGUUUCAUAUCUCAUUGAGAAGACAAAUGAGAUUAGAACAAGGGCCUGACCAUAGAUUUGGCAGUAAGUUUAGCAGAAUUACUGUGAAGUUAGUAUUAGGGAAUGCAGCUUUGUGGCAUUGGUUUUUGAAUGAAAUCGCAAGUAGUUUCUUCCUACAUUAUAUUUAACCUUUUAUUUGUGAAUGGUGAUCUGGGUAAGAGUUUGGGUUUUGUGCCAGAACAUCUGGGUUAAUAUCUUAGCUCUAUUUCUUUUUAUCUUACUCAGCCUCUCUAAACUUCCACUUCUCAUAUCUGUAAAAUGGGAUAACAGUAAUUACCUACCUUUUAUGUGUUCUGUGUAAGGCGUUUAGCAUAGUAUGUGGCAAAUAGCUGUAUUCAUAGUAAAAGUUAUGACAUGGUAUAAAAACAUUUAUUAUACAUUUAUUUGAGAGAGAGAGAGUGAGAGAGAGAGAGAGAGAGAGAGAGAGAGAGAGAGAGAGAGAGAGAAUCUUAAGCAAUUUCCACACUCAGCGCAGAGCCCAACCUGGAGUUUAAUUCCAUGACCCCCGGAUCAUGACCUGAGCUGAAAUCAAGAGUCAGAUGCUCAACUAACUGAGCCACCCAGAUGCCCCAACAUCUUACUAUAUAUUUUGUGCCCUUUGGGGGUUUGUGUAGUUUAUAGUGUUUGAGAGAAUUAAGUGCUUUGUUUUACCUGUACUUUAAGAUGAACAAGUUUUAAGUUGUCUAGAAAGCCAUACUAGUAAAAAGGAAGGAACCAUUAAACUCUCUUUGCAGAGAUUAACAGGAUCAGAUUCUUUGCAGGCAUUGAUAUAUGUUGCCAUGCUAAUCUAUAGAAAAGUUUAUGUGAGUGAUGCUUUAUCUACUUAAUCAAGUUCAGCAAGCAAUUUAUGGCUAAUUUCAGUUCCUUUUCUGAACAUUAUGUCUUCUCUAAAAAUUUACCCCUUUUUUUUGAGCAUUCUGCAAACCAAUGUACAAAUCUAGCAUUUGAGUCUACAAGUGAAUAAUUAGAUACUGUAUUUUCUUUUUUUAACAUUCCAGAGGAGUUUCAGUUUAUUAAGUAGUAAUAAUUUAUUAUAAUCAUACUUGUAGCUACUCAUAAUGUAUUUGAUUAAAUCUAUUGUAUUAGAAGUUUUUAUCUUUAAAACAUUAUAGAAAUCAAAAUGUGAGUGAUUUCUUUAUUUGCUCAUUCUUGUUAUUGCAAGGGUCAUUUCAACACACAUGCAGAUAACUUGGGGUGCCUGGGUGGCUCAGUCUGUUGAGCAUCUGACUCUUGGUUUCUGCUCAGGUCAUGAUCUUAUGGUUUGUAAAAUCCAGCCCCAUGGUGCCUACUUGGGAUUCUGUCUCUCCUCUCUCUGUCUGCCUCUCACCUGCUUGCAUGUAUGCACACAGCAUGCUCUCUCAAAAUAAAUAAAGUUUAAAAAAAAAUGAACUAUUUCUUUGCCCAUUCUUGUUAUUGCAAGGGCUAUUUUAACACACAUGCAGAUAACUCUAAUUUUAGAUCCUGAACAUGAAAUUAACUUGGUAAAAUAUAUGUAUCUUAUAGCACCUUUGCAAAAACACAAACAAAGCUAAGAUUACUCAGAAGGCAGAUAUUAUGACUGUGCUGUUUCACUGUUUCCCUAGCAAUUCAGUCUGGCACAUAGUAGUGCUUAGUAAAUAUUUGUUGAAUGAAUGGAUAAAUUUUUAACAUACCUAAUGAAAACUGUUCUGUCAUCAAUAGUGGGUUUGCAUUUAAGGUUGAGUUGUUUCAAUAAAGCAAGAAGUAAAUGUAAUGCUCAAAGAAUAAGGUAUAUAGAUAAUUUACUUUCCUAGUUAAUUACAGCUUAAUUGUUUUCAUCUUUGUAAGCAGUUUCUCUUGAGCAUAAUCACAUCUUUAACAACUUAUGAUACUGUUACUUUCUUCUGUACAUCAAUUCUCAUUUUUAGAAACUACAGUUAGAUAAAUAGUACAUAUUAUUUAAGAUGUGCUGUAAGUUUUAGGUUGAAUUUUAUAUAUAAAAAAAAUUUCUGUUAGACACAGGUGAUAAGUCAAUUUGGCUUUUAUCUUCUGCCAAAAAAGACGGUAGGAAAUGAAAUUUGAACUAUAAUUGUUGUACCAUUAAUAAAUCUGAGAGUUAAAAAAAAAUCUUUUGAAGUAAAUAAUUGUAACUAUGCAUUGUUCUAACACAGCACACUAUAGCAACAGGUGUAGGCCAUAGCAGGGGCUUAAAGGUAACUAACUACUGGUAAAUAAAAUUCAUAACGGUGUCUAAAACCCUUAAAAAGACUUUAAAAAAUUUCACAGACUCUUUGUUAUCUGAUACCCAAUUUGAUGAUAAAAUAUUUUGAGGUAGUUUUAAUUUUAGGCCAAUUUUUAAAAACUCUGUCUUGAGGUAUAACAUACACAGACGUGUACAUAUCAUAAGUGUAGAGCUUGAUAAAUGCUCACAGCUGAACAGAUUCAUGUAACUGGUAUGCAGCUCAAGAAACAAUAUUAUUAGCCACUUUAAAAAGGCUAAUUCUUAAAUAUAAAACAAUCGUAGACUUAGAUAAAUUUGCGAGAUUUAGAUCCUGGAUCUAACCUUGUUACUAACUUCAUUUGUUACCUUGGGCAAGUUAUUUUAUCUUUCUGGGGUCCACUCCACAUCUCUACAGCAAGGAGAUGAGACUAGAAGUUUUAUUUAUGACUUUAUUCUAUGAAAGUGCAAAACAGUGGACCAUAGUGAUAUAAAUGUGGUAUAAAAGAUUGUAGGUAAUAGAGUGUGAAUGCAGUUUAAUUGAAAAGGAAAACACACUAAUUUUUUUCUUUUUUUUUCUGUUUGUUUUCCAGGUUAUAUUUCACACUAUGUGCUGACUGUAUCUACGGAAGAUAUUUAAAAAAAAAACUUUUUUCAAAGAUUUUGAUUCCAGUGGAAUCUUUGCUUUAGAUUAUUGUGUGUGUGUGUGUGUGUGUGUGUGUGUGUGUGUGUGUGUGUUAGUGAAUUGUAACUCCAGUAACAAUGCCUGUACAAGCUCCACAGUGGACGGAUUUCCUCUCCUGCCCAAUUUGCACUCAGACUUUCGAUGAAACAAUUCGAAAGCCCAUCAGUUUGGGUUGUGGCCAUACUGUCUGCAAGAUGUGCCUGAAUAAACUCCACCGCAAGGCUUGCCCAUUUGACCAGACCACUAUCAAUACAGACAUUGAGCUCCUCCCCGUGAACUCAGCAUUGCUGCAGCUAGUGGGUGCUCAGGUCCCUGAGCAGCAGCCCAUUACUCUGUGUAGUGGGGUUGAAGAUACAAAGCAUUAUGAGGAAGCCAAGAAAUGUGUAGAAGAAUUAGCAUUGUACCUGAAACCACUCAGCAGUGCUAGAGGAGUGGGUCUGAAUAGCACUACUCAGAGUGUUCUGAGUCGCCCAAUGCAGAGGAAGCUGGUGACUCUGGUCCACUGCCAACUUGUGGAAGAGGAAGGCCGGAUUCGUGCUAUGAGAGCAGCUCGAUCUUUAGGUGAACGAACAGUUACAGAGCUCAUUCUUCAACACCAAAAUCCUCAGCAACUGUCCUCCAAUCUCUGGGCAGCAGUCAGAGCUAGGGGCUGCCAGUUCCUUGGACCAGCAAUGCAGGAGGAAGCUCUAAAGCUGGUUCUCUUGGCCUUGGAAGAUGGUUCUGCUUUGUCAAGAAAAGUAUUGGUUCUCUUUGUGGUGCAAAGGUUGGAGCCACGGUUUCCUCAAGCCUCUAAAACUAGCAUUGGGCAUGUUGUCCAGCUCCUUUAUAGAGCCUCCUGCUUCAAGGUCACCAAACGUGAUGAAGACUCUUCUUUGAUGCAGCUGAAGGAAGAAUUUAGAACCUAUGAAGCUCUGCGGCGAGAACACGACUCUCAGAUAGUGCAGAUUGCCAUGGAAGCAGGCUUACGGAUUGCACCAGACCAAUGGUCCUCAUUGCUUUAUGGAGACCAGUCUCACAAGUCUCAUAUGCAGUCAAUCAUUGACAAGUUGCAGACCCCAGCGUCUUUUGCACAAAGUGUUCAGGAACUAACAAUUGCUCUCCAGCGAACUGGAGAUCCAGCAAACUUGAACCGACUAAGACCCCAUUUGGAGCUACUGGCAAACAUUGACCCUAGUCCAGAUGCUCCUCCUCCCACUUGGGAACAGCUAGAAAAUGGGCUGGUGGCUGUGCGUACGGUGGUCCAUGGUCUGGUAGACUAUAUCCAGAACCAUAGCAAAAAGGGAGCAGACCAACAGCAGCCUCCACAGCACAGCAAAUAUAAAACAUACAUGUGUCGAGAUAUGAAGCAGAGGGGAGGAUGUCCGCGUGGGGCCAGCUGUACAUUUGCACACUCACAGGAGGAACUGGAGAAGUUUCGUAAAAUGAACAAACGCCUGGUUCCCAGAAGACCCCUGAGUGCCUCUUUGGGUCAACUUAAUGAGGUGGGCCUGCCCUCAGCAGCUGUCCUUCCAGAUGAAGGUGCAGUGGAUCUGCCUAGCAGAAAAACCCCCGCUCUGCCAAAUGGAAUUGUAUCAGCAGGGAAUACGGUAACACAGCUGAUUCCACGAGGGACAGACCCCACCUACGAUUCUAGUCUGAAACCAGGAAAGAUAGAUCAUCUGAGCAGUAGUGCCCCUGGAUCCCCUCCUGACUUGCUGGAAUCUGUCCCUAAGAGUAUUUCUGCCUUACCUGUGAAUCCACAUCCUGUACCUCCAAGGGGGCCAACAGACUUGCCUCCCAUGCCUGUCACCAAACCCCUUCAGAUGGUCCCACGGGGUUCUCAGUUAUAUCCAGCGCAACAGGCAGAUGUUUAUUAUCAGGAUCCUCGAGGAGCUGCCCCACCAUUUGAACCAGCACCUUAUCAGCAGGGUAUGUACUACACUCCACCACCACAGUGUAUGUCCCGCUUUGUCAGACCGCCACCAUCUGCUCCUGAACCUGGUCCUCCCUACUUGGAUCACUAUCCACCCUAUCUCCAGGAUCGUGUAGUAAACUCUCAGUAUGGCACACAGCCACAACAGUAUCCACCUAUGUACCCGCCACACUAUGAUGGCCGCCGAGUGUACCCUGCUCAGUCGUACACAAGAGAGGAGAUUUUCCGAGAAAGUCCUAUUCCCAUUGAGAUUCCACCUGCAGCAGUGCCAUCCUAUGUGCCAGAAUCCAGAGAAAGAUACCAACAGAUGGAGGGUUACUAUCCAGUGGCUCCCCAUCCAACUCAGAUCAGACCUUCGUACAUCAGAGAGCCUCCUUAUAGCCGGCUUCCUCCUCCUCCUCAGCCCCAUCCUAGUCUAGAUGAGCUACAUCGCAGACGAAAGGAAAUAAUGGCCCAGCUAGAGGAAAGGAAGGUUAUCUCUCCACCUCCUUUUGCACCUUCACCGACAUUGCCUCCUGCCUUUCAUCAAGAGGAGUUUCUGGACGAAGACUUGAAAGUAGCUGGGAAAUACAAAGGAAAUGAUUAUAGCCAGUAUUCUCCCUGGUCAUGUGAUACCAUCGGCUCCUACAUUGGCACCAAAGAUGCAAAACCCAAAGAUGUUGUGGCAGCGGGGAGUGUGGAAAUGAUGAACGUGGAGAGUAAAGGAAUGAGAGACCAGCGACUAGAUCUUCAAAGAAGAGCAGCAGAAACCAGUGAUGAUGACCUUAUCCCUUUCGGAGACCGACCAACCGUUUCUCGGUUUGGUGCCAUCUCUCGAACCUCCAAAACAAUAUAUCAGGGUGCUGGUCCAAUGCAGGCUAUGGCACCUCAGGGAGCUCCCACAAAACCGAUGAACAUCUCAGAUUAUAGUCCAUAUGGAACCCACAGUGGCUGGGGAGGUUCUCCAUAUUCACCUCAUCAAAACAUACCUUCUCAGGGACACUUCAGUGAGAGGGACAGAAUGUCCAUGUCAGAAGUAGCCAGUCAUGGAAAACCCCUUCCAUCUGCUGAGCGGGAACAGCUACGACUAGAAUUGCAGCAACUAAACCAUCAAAUUAGUCAGCAGACCCAGCUACGUGGCUUAGAGGCUGUUAGUAACAGGCUGGUGUUGCAGAGGGAGGUGAGCACCCUGGCAGGCCAGUCCCAGCCACCACCACCACCUCCAAAAUGGCCUGGAAUGAUUUCAAGUGAGCAGUUGAGCUUGGAACUGCACCAGGUGGAAAGGGAAAUCGGGAAGAGAACCCGGGAACUGAGUAUGGAGAACCAGUGUUCUCUGGACAUGAAAAGCAAAUUGAAUACAAGUAAGCAAGCAGAAAAUGGACAACCAGAACCACAAAGUAAGGUUCCAGCUGAGGACCUUACAUUGACAUUCAGUGAUGUACCAAAUGGAUCAGCUUUGACACAAGAGAAUAUCAGCCUCCUGUCAAACAAGACCAGCUCUCUGAACCUAUCAGAGGACCCUGAGGGAGGAGGUGACAACAAUGACUCCCAGAGAUCGGGAGUUACUCCCAGUUCUGCUCCCUAAAUGAUGAAGAAUCCUGCUUUUAUCUUCUGCUCCUGAUCAAUUUGUGGGGUAGGGUAGGGAGAACAGAUAACUUCUAAACAUUUUCUCUGAGAGUGGUCAGAGAAAUCCAGGAAAAGUACCGGAGGCAAUGUGCACAAACACCACUACUAAAAACAAACCCUGCACAUAGUUCACAUUAAUGCAUUUUUUAAUUUAAAAAAAAAGAAAAAGAAAAAGAAAAUUAGCAGUAUCUGCAAGCAAUUCAGAUUAAAUUUGUUUUUGUUCUGUGAAUGAACUUUAUUUUAAUAACUUUGGACGCCUUGGAUCCAGGGCUUAAAAAAAAAGAAGAUAUUAUAUAUACACUCUGUUUGAUUAAUUGUAUGAUCUUAAUGAAGUAGGUUUUUCUUGUAUUUUGGUAUUAUUACAUACCCAGUGUAUAAUUCCUGACCCCAAUCCUUUCCAGCUUUGACAACCCCAUAAAUUAAAACACACAGAAAGCACCGGCCUGUCUGAGAAUUCUGUGGUGCUUGAGAAACAAAGAGACAGUAGUAGACUACUUAUUAGAAAAUGUGCAGCAAACCAACUUUUCAAAGAGCCAUUACUUGAAAGUCAUAAUUUUCUUUCCCUUUCUGGUUACUAGCUUGAUGUGUGUUUUUCCAUAUGGCACUAAAACUUUUUGUUGUUCAGGAGGGUUUUGUUUCUAUUUCAACUUUCCAGAGAGAUAAUUACCAAUUAAUUUUUGAAGUCCUUUUCCACAUAAUGGAUCCUUGCAUUCUCUUAAUCAGAAAGCCAGGCCAGUGUUUUAGAAUGAUUAGAUUUAAAUGGAGAUUGAUUUAAGAAUGAACUGUAAUUUAUUAGUCCUGGGAGAUACAUGAUUGGUAUAUUACCUGUAUGGAGCUGCUGGUUAGAAAUUCGGACCUGUGCUUUUUCAAAUUUUAAACUUCUGCUAAAAUCCUAGAGUGUUAAAAACAAUAAUAAUAGGAAAAUCAAGCAUGUUUUAAAACCACAACACUUGAACCGAAAAUGAACAGUCACAUUAUUUCAGUGGAUGUUUUUGUUUUGUUUUACUGUCAAAACCCAAAAGUGUAAAAUAAAAUAAAAGUCCCUGGCUUUCAAAUAGAUUUGGCAAGGACAGACUGCCAGGAUCUUAAGGAUGGUUUAUGAAUUGACUAGCUGUUGCUGUUCAGUAUCCUUAGCACCAAUAGGUAAUAAGUACCUAAAAGUCAGUUUUCAGAGACUUGACUUUACAAUAGUGAUGAGAUUCUUUAUGAAAUUAUUUAGUUCUGCUGCACAUAUUCUGAUGCCAUGUGUCUAUACUGAACUAAAACCCUAUAAAACAUGUUUUGUGGGGAUUAUUUGAUACAGUCACCCUCCCCCUCCCCCUCCCUCUGUUUGCCUGAUUUUUAAAAAUUCCCUUCUGGAUUCUACUACUAAAACAGAAAGCACUGGUUAUGUAAUAAGUUACUGCAUUGCUUUGGUUGGGUAAAAGCAAGAGUUUGUAUUUUUCUUGUUUCUUAUUUUCUUAACCCUUAACUCCUGCUGAGGUCAUAACAACCUCAGUGUAAGCUCUGUGUCCAUCAUACUGUUAACUGAAACAAAUGGGGGAGGGGGGGAGGGAAAUACAGUCCUGCCAUUGCCUACCAGUAGGAGAGUCCAAACAGAACACUCUUUUGAGUAGCAAUUAUUUAAUUUGCCCAGUCAAGGCACCGUGUUUAUAUACUAUUUCACAUUGAAUUUGAUUAUGCCCUACAGACCUGGCUGGUCAAGGAUUUGAUAUACACAUAUUGGCUUGGGAUUCGAGCUUUCUUUUUUAUUUAAAUAAAAAUUUAUAUAUAUUAUAUAUAUAUAUACAUAUAUACAUAGCUAUAUCUGUAUAUAUAUUGGGUAUGUUUUAAGGAUUUUUUCGCAUGAGCGCAGCUGUUGCGAUAAAAUGACUGAUUGGGAGGUAGAAGCACUGAAUGAAGAUGAGGCAUUUCUGCAGUUGAUAUCCAUAGUUUCCUUUAAAAAAAAAUACACUUGCUUUUUUUGCUUUUUUGUUUGUUUUCUCUUUUGCUUAAAACCCUCUUACACAUAAGUGCUUAUUUUUUGGGAGAAGGAGAGAAACUGUGUGUGUCUGACAGAGUCCCAAGAUUUUUCAUUUCUUUGUAUAACCAUAAAAGGCAACAUUCUUGGCCUCCAACCUUCUGUAGGCAGAUUUGGGCAGGUUGUAUUUCUCCUUUGGACAUGUUAGAUAAUUCCUAAGUUUUAGAAGCAGUUGGUUUAUUUGGAACUCAGUGAGUCUGGCACUGGAAGGGAAUUUAUGAGUAUUGAUUUUGUUGAGGUUCAGAAUAAAAGUAAAAGUCCAUUUUGGGUAUCCAUUGAAACAUUUUAUAACCCAACUUCUGUUCUUGUUUUUAUAUCCUUCAGAUAUACUCGUUGCUUUCACCAUUUUGAUUUUGUAAGCUAGGCAGGAAUAGGCAUUAACUUAUAAUAGUAUUCCUGCUCUGAAUAAAACCUGAAAAGCCACUGUUUUCAGUUGACUCAAAAUCAUCUCUUUCACUUUUUAAGGUAAUUUCAUUGGGGGGGUGGGGGGCUUUGGGGGUCAGGGCAGAUCCCUUAAAUUGUAGCCUUAAUUCUAGCUGCACCUCAGGAAGGGCCCCGCACACUCUGGAGGAAAUCUGGUUGGGUAGAAAGGCAGAAGAAUGAUCCCCUGCCCCAUUGUGCCUAUGACUUACCUGUUUUAAAUUGGUCAUUCUGCUUUAUCUCAUGGAAAUUCUUAAAACUUUCCUGGUGUUCACAAACAGUUUUAGGAAUUAAAUAAAACCUCCAAAGUUUAGAUUUUUUUUUCUUUUCCUUUUCUCUGUGAAACACUUUGUGAUAAUGAUGAGCCCGUAAGGGUAUGUGGCCUAUUUGGGCAAAACUGCUGGACUCUUUAACUGCUUUUUUGUCAAAACCUGCGAAAGGCACUGAUUUUUUUUUUUUGGCUUAUUUUAAAAUGUCUGCCUUUAGAGAGAGUAAAGAGAUUAAAUGAGUCAGAUAGGAAAUGCAGUUUUUAGGCUUUCUACUUAUUAACAUAUAAAUUUCUUCUGGAAAUGACUUUUAUUUGCUUUUCACUGAAUUCAGAAGCAAGACUCUGACAUCUCAGACGAACAUGAGCAAUUCUGAAAAGGUUAAGGUAGGAGUAUAAUAAGCAUUGUGUUCACUCUUGUUUAGAUUACAAAACUAGGAUCUUAAUUUUUUUUAAACCAGGAUCUUAUCAUAGCUAGGAAUAUAAAAGUACUUUGACUUAUUUUUUUUUCAAGGUAUCUCUGGAAAAGCGUAGAACUAAGAAUAAGAUAUCUACAUGCAGUUUCCUAACUUAUAUGUAGUUAUUUUGCCUUACUUAUAGAUAUUGUCACAAAUAAGUCCAAUAGCCGCCCUGUCUUGGGUAAUUUACAGAAGCUGAAGUGACCAAAGAUCCAUUCUUUGUUACUUUUGUAAUCAAAAGAACAGUUAAUUAUAGCAUAGGUUUCUAGUAAUAGUAUUCUCAUAAGACACUAUUUCUAAUGCCAGCUACAAAUAUUCACCUACUCAGAAUGUAUACAAAAUUAUUUGGUAUGGCAUUAAUGUGGCUGAUUCCCUUCUCUCAUCUUAUUUCCCUUCCCUUCUCCUGGUCUUUCCCUUGUAUUUAUUCUUUUGCCUAAAAGACAUAGAAUUGAUAUGAUUCUCAUUUGCUACCAUGAAUAUGUAACUCCAUCAGACUUUCCAUAGGUCUUUAGGGUUGGAGCUCAAGGGUUUUUUUUUUUUUUUCCUGGCCCUUUUCUAUCUUGCAAAUUCCCCCUUGACUUACCCACUGCCCUCCCCAAUCUGCAACAGUGACAGUUUGCUGCCUCAAAACAGAGCAUUCAAAUGAAUUCGCUUAGCCAAUAACUUCUGUGAAGUUGCCUUUUCUAAUGGUGUUAUUACUCAGUGAUGCACAAAUGUGGUAUUUGCCCUACUGGUAGGCAAACAAAGGUCUGGUUAAGAAUGGUAACCUGCUGUUUUCUUUAAAGGAGAGCCAAAGACUUGUGCUUUACUCUGUUUUGGUUUGGGGGGAUAUAGCCAUUUGAUUGUGAAACCUUUUAGUAUUUGUGAGUUGAUUGUUCUGUUAAGUAGAUUUAUCUAAGUUAACUGUUAAAGGUAGCUGGCCUUAUAAAAUGUAAAAGUAAUGAAAAUUCAUCAGUUUCUCUAAACCAGUGAAUGUCAUCUUUUACAAUAUUGUCUGUAAGCAGUCCCCCUGUUUUUUGAGAUUAUCUUGUCAUUGUAGCAUCUUGUGUGUUUUGGCUUUUCACUUGUGUCUGAAGGACAAUCUGUAUCACUAUGGUCAAGCUGUGGGACUGGGUAAAAAAAUUCAUGAGCAUGUGACUGGUGAGAAAUAAACUAUAGUCACUGCAUGUGAGAUUAUAUUCAGAUUUGGAGAAAAACAGAUUCUUUUCACUACAAAGUAUUUGAUUGCUAUUAAAUCCAAGUGGUGAUAGAUAGGGAUCUUACCAUCGUUUUUCCACUUUCUUUCUGCUCAUUUUAAAGAAUUGAGUAAAGGUUUCAUAUGUAAAAUCUACCUGUAAAAAAGUACCUGUAAUGACCUAUAUUUUAUUAAAAAGAAAGACCUGGUUACGUUUUAAGAGAAAUUAAUAAUCUUCCUGGAAAUUAACUGCAGCCUUUACUUAGAUUUAUACCCUGAAAGAGCCUGAUUGUGUUUAUUUUUUAGUUGGUGAUACAUGGUUAUAGUGUUGCAAGAUGAUCUGUUCCCAGAAAAGUCAGCCUGUCCUUAAAAAUUUUAGCAACUAAACUAAAGCAAAUUUCCCUUCCGACAUUAGGGAGUGGACACAUAUAAGCAAUUUGCUGGUGUUAACGCUUUACUUGUAUUGCUGUUCCUUCUUCAUACCGUUCUGCCUUGGACAGCUAUGACUUUUCUGUUUAUUUGUUGCUUCAGCUCAGCUUUAUGAAAUUUUCCUGCUGAAAUUACUUAUGGGGAGUUAUAGGUGAAUUGCAGUUAAUAUAUUUUUUAAUUCUUAAUUCAACUUUUCUGAGCCAUUUGAAAAAGAAAGCUGUUUUUGGCAAGGUACUAUUAUGGUAAAUGCCAACUUAAGAUUUGGGUUUUAAGAUUUUAUUGCUUUGACUGCUAAAGAUGUUUUCAUAUAUAAAAGAUUCUAAUUUGAUAAGUAAUACUAGUUAUAAUGUUAAUAAAGAAUAGGACACUGCCACCACCAGGAAGAAGUUACACCUUUUAAUAAUAAAUGUGUUCCCAAUAGGUGGAUUUUCAAUACUGCACUGAACAAAGUAGGUAAAGAGUCCUUUGAAAUCCUAUUGUGGUAAAAGGACUUAACCUCACCACUGGAAUCCUUGUUUUCAGAGCCUCCCAAUUUUCAGCCAAACACUGAAUUUCCUUUAAAUUUGUUUCCUGAACAAAACAUCCCUAGAGUAAUAACUUUUAUUUUCACAAGAAAAUAAGACACAAUAACCCAAGAGACAGGAGUUAAACCUCAAUAUAAUACUGUGCCCAAAAAUGUGUAUGUAGAAAAGUAAAAUCCUGUGGAGUUAGUCUAUUAUAUACUAGAUAAGGUGACUUAUUUUCUCGUAUUGAGGUCUCUCUGUUUCUGGUUGUUUCUGUUUUGUUGUCUUUAACGCUUAGGCAGACAGAGCUCACAAGUCUUUGGCAUCCUCUUUAGCUUGUAUGCUCAGAGUCAUCUUAUAACUGGAAACUGUCAGGCAGGCCCUGCUCCCACCCCAGCCACUGCAUAAAAGGGCCAAGGAAAGGAUGGGACGAACUAUUGGAUAAUUGGUUGCCUGCUUGUUGCUGGUCUUUGGUUUGGGGGGUUUUUUGCCUGUUUUUUUUUAAAUCACCAUUUAUUAGUGUAAUCUCUCUUCAGUGAUUGGCUGCCAUUCUUACAAUAAUAUCUAAACAACUCUGUAAAAUAUUCCUCUAAUUUAAGGUAUUUUAAGCUUUUCUUUAUCAUUUUUACAUCCUCUAUUCACCUAAGGCACUGUCCUGAGAGCUAUAUUUUCCAGGUGUGUGGUUGCCUGCAUUUUCUUUAUCACCCCCUCCAGACCUCCCACACACACUCCCACCCCCUCAUCCUUUUUCCUCUUCUCACCUUCUGGAAAUGAAAGGAACUUGGGUGGCGGGGGAUUUUUUUUUUUUUCUUCUUUUUUUUUUUUUUUUUCAUUUUAUUCACUGAUCCAGGGGCUUCGUUGCUUACUUGAUGAUGAUGUGACUUUUUGGAACAAGAGCAAUGGAAAAAGUGAAUUAAGAUGAUGAACAAAAUCUUUUACCCACUUAAGCAUUUUCCAGUUGUGAGAUUCCUCUUUUUGUGUGCUCUCUUUCCCUUGUAACCCCUGCUACCCUUUUCCCCUAACUAUGGUCAAUUUGGUCUUUAGGCUCAUACCAGUCUCCCCGAGACAUUCUGCAGUCAUUAUCACCUUUUUGGGUGGAUUUUAUUUUGUUUUAUUUUGUUUUUGUUUGUUUGGUUUUUUUAAAAUAACUUUGUAACAUUGAUGCAUAUUUGCUUGGGAUAGAGCUUGUGUAAUUUACCAAUCGUAUUGAUUGUAUGUGAUUGUGCCCUGCAGAGGUAUAUUUAACAAGACAAGAAUAAUCUAGAUUAAUAAAGGAGCCCAUGAGAUUUGAGUCAGGUUAUAAAUGACUAUGAAAUCACUUAGUUUUGGAUAGUGAGACUUUAUAUCUCCUGUCCGUAUAAAUCAGUGCUAGACAAAAUACCAUUUUUUAAAAGUUCUCUUGCAUUCCUGUUUUUUUCCUUGCCUCGGCUCCCUGUUUUUUCUUGCCCGCCUCCACCUACCUGUUCAGAAAUAAAAAUAUUGAGUCUUAAAGUGACAGCUGAUUUUUAAAUUGGUAACGUUUGUGAAAUUUAACUUUUUCCAAAUGUUUUCAACUUUUUUUUUAAGUGAAGAUAAAUGGGUUGGAAUUUCACAAGCUAUGAAUAAUCCUUUAGCGUCUAGCAAACUGUGAAAUCUUAUUU